UCACCGGGGGAACCGCGGGGGGAGGGCGCGCCGUUGGAGGGGCCAGGCCCGGCCGGAACAGCUUCGGCGGCGCCUUAUCACCGGCUAUAUAACGCGGCCGGCCGCCGCCGCGCGCGCGACAGUGCUGCGCGAGUCAUGAUUGUGGCGGUCGUCGUCGCGUGGGUCGCCGCGCUGUCGUCGCUGGUCGCCCGCUGUCGCGCCUCGUCGCCCAACUCCAGCUGCCCUGGAGGUGCAACAUUCCCAGUGUACUGGAACGUACCGACGUUCAUGUGCCACCGGCACAACAUGAUGUUCGGCGACCUGUCGCGGUGGGGGCUGGUGCAGAACCAGGGAGACCAGUUCCGCGGCGAGCGCGUCGUCAUCCUGUACGACCCGGGGCUGUUCCCGGCGCUCGUGCCUACACCCGCCGGCAAGGUGGAGCGCCGCAAUGGCGGGGUGCCCCAGGAGGGCAACCUCACGCUGCACCUCACCACCAUCCGCCAGGAGGUGGAGCGCCUCGUGCCCAACCGCUUCUUCGAUGGUAUUGCAGUUCUGGAUUUCGAGUCGUGGCGCCCGAUAUUCCGACAGAACUGGGGAUCCUUGUUACCGUAUCGCGAACUCUCCAGAGAUAUUGAGAAGAAGAGGCAUCCGCACUGGAAACCCCAGGACGUGGAAAAACAGGCGAAACACCGGUUCGAGGUGGCUGCUCGAAAGUUUUUGGAAGAGACUCUAGAACUGGUUAGACAGAUCCGACCGCAAGGAAAGUGGGGAUACUAUGCCUUUCCGUUCUGCUAUAACUACACUCCAAAAAACAUGGCGUCAACAUGUCCGACCCAGGUCAUGGCUGAAAAUGACGAGAUCCAGUGGCUGUUCGACGGCAGUGAGUCGGUGUACCCGUCGCUGUACCUGAGCAGCCACAAGAUGACGGCGCAGGAGCGGGUGCAGUUCGUGGUGGGGCGACUCGCCGAGGCUGUGCGCGUGGCCGCCAGAGCGCCCAGGAGGAUAGCCGUGCACCCCUACAUCUGGUUCAAGUACCACGACGACGCGCGCUACCUCAGCCAGGUGGACCUGUUCAACUCGCUCGCCCUGUCGAAGAGCAUGGGGCGAGGCGGGGCCGUCAUAUGGGGCAGCGCCAAGGACGUGAACACCCGCGAGAAGUGCGAGUCCCUGGCGCACUACGUCGAGCAAGUCCUCGGACCGACAGUCAGACACGUCCGGCUGAUGACACAUCUCUGACUCCGGUCGCAGUUCCCACAGUACCUGAAAAGUAUUUCCUAAGUCUUCCGCUCCAUAAAUACAAGCUAUCUAUUGGACAGUUCGACCUACAGUUUUGCUGAAAUUAUACACACUAAAAAAAAAACAUUAUUUAAUAUUCUUUCUGCCUAUAUGUAUAAAUGUUAAUAUUGUGAAAAUAUGUAUAUUAAUAAUAUUGGUCUUUUUUCAAUAUAAUAUAUUAAAAUCGUAGUGAAUUUA